UGAACAUGUGACUUAUCGAAGGGGAUAGGAGGUUUUUAGUGACCUCUUCGAAGAAUACAUUCACCACAAGCUCAAACACAAAAUUUUGGAACAUAUCUUCUAAAUUCGCUGUACUUCAAUCCAGAACCAUGUCAUCACAAAGCACGCCGAGGAAAACUGUAGCACGUCGCAAGACUGGACCAAAAAGAACUUCGAAAAGUGUUAGUAAGCUCCGAGAGGAGCGGGUGAAGAGGAACGCGGACAGAUCGGGGAGCAAGAAGCAGGACCAUUGGACCAAGAUGGAGGAGGUUCUGAACCACCUCGGAGUGGUGGGCCUCGGGGAUGGGGUGCCGAUCAUGAUCCAGCAGGCAGUGAGGCAGAAGCUAGCCGCAUCCAGGAGGGCUCUCCAGAAGAGAGGAGAUCCUCUGGACAUCACCAAACCGCUCCUCGACCUCUCCAGCAUCAUCAGCGACCACGGCAUCAAGACGGGGGCCGUCAUCAACCGUCAUCUCAGCGGCAUCAGAUUCAUCAUGGAAGAGGACGCCAAGGAAAAUGCAGAUGAACGCACUGGAGUGGCAUCUAGAACUCCACCGGGGAAGAAGGACAUUAAAGGAGUCGAGAUGAAGAAGAUGCUCGACAGAGCGAAAGGAAUCCUCAACCAACUUUCGGACAUGAACGAACUGAGGCUGGCGAUAAAGAAUUCCGUAGAAACAAUCCUGAAGACAGCUGGAUACCUCUUGGAAAACACAACGCCCGCCAUCUACAGGCUCGACACGGAAUAUGACAAAGUGGGUCUGCCCAAAAAUAAUAACGCACCGGAUUUCGAAUUGCCGUCAAAGACUUACAACUGGAAAAAGAUAGAGGGGGUUCUAGACCACGUGAUGAGGGUGUGCCAGAGGCCCAACAUCGCCAGGGACCUCCAGCAGAUCAUGAUGACCAAGGUCUGCGCUUCCAGGAAGUUCUUCCUCCGCCGAUCGGACCCUAUCCAGAUCUGCAAGCCCCUCCACGAGCUGAUAGACGUCCUCAACAGGCACGGGCUGCAGUCGAGCGAGGCUGCGAAGUCACAGCUGGAGGACGUGCAGGCGAUAUCCAUCUCGACGCUAGACAAUGAAGAUACGAAUUCAAAUGCGGCCUCGUUUCGAGAUAAGAACUGCCUGGAUGUGAGGAAAGCCCUGAGUCAAGCCAAGACCUACCUCAACUACCUCUCAGAAAUUAACGAGCUGAAAAUGAUCAUCAAGAACUCGGCCGACCUGAUCCAGGGUGGCGGCAUCUACACCGUGGAAGACCUGCCCAGCAUACUGACCGACGUGGAGUACGACUGCGUUUGGGAUGUGGCCGGAUUGGUGCGAGAAGUUGACAAGGUUCACUUGCCGAACAACCUAAAGGUAGCUGUGAAGGUGACCAUGGCCAGGAUGAAGAAGAUCCUGGCAACCCCUUCGGGGAACGCCAGUCUGCAGGAACACCUGGAGAACCUGAGGGCUUCGCUGAAGAGGAAGACUCCGGAGGACAUCGCAGUGGCGUGUUACGCCCUCAUAGCCGCAGUCACCGACUUCCAGAAUAGUCACUGGAGUGGAGAUCGAACAUAAUAUAUUUUUAUUGUUCUUACCUAACUACAGUCAACCGAACGUGGUCGGAAUAUGAUUAUAUAAAUAUUAAAUUAAUUUAUUUACACAAUAUUUAAGUUAUAUUAUUUAUAAGAAAAUUCUUACAUUAGAUAACUCAUUUCUCU